AUGAUUGUGUGCAGGUGCAUCACCAGAGGGCGCGUGCACUGGACACUGUACUGACCCAUUACAAUAAUACGGACGGAUGUUUGUAUUCUGUACCACUGAACUCGUAGAGACAGUAGCCUAUAGAUAGACUAUAGAUCUUGUAGUUAGUAUCACCGUAAUGUUUUCGUCUGAAUGCAGCGCUGCUGCCGCGCGCUAAUCACAUACAUCUGUGAGUGUGUUCCUCAAGCAGACCGAGAGCUUCUGCAAUACAAGAGAAAGAAAGGGAAACCAAAGGACUCCACAAAGGAUUUGUGCAAAAUACAGACCAUAAGUGUUAUUUUAUAGCUCCACCGAAGGCCAGUACAGAUGGCUUUCAUGUCCAGACUGUCCCGGUCACGGAGUAAUUCCAGAUCUCCCAGCAGAAAGGACUCGGAGAAAGGCUCUCCUUCACUAACUGUGUCUGAACUUGAGCGUCUGCUGUACACGGGGAAAACUGCCUGUAAUCAUGCAGAUGAAGUGUGGCCAAGACUCUACAUAGGGGACCAAGAAAUUGCCUCAAACCGUAAAGAACUUGUCAAGCUGGGGAUCACACACAUCCUCAACUGUGCUCAGAGCAAAUGGAGAGGUGGUGCAGAGUGUUACACUGGCAUGAACAUCACGUAUCACGGCAUUGAGGCCCACGACUCGCCCUCAUUCGACAUGAGCGUCAACUUCUACCCAGCGGCCGAGUUCAUUCACAGAGCGCUUAGUUCUGGAGGAACGGUUCUUGUGCAUUGUGCUGUCGGGCUGAGCAGAUCUGCUACGUUGGUUCUGGCCUAUCUCAUGAUUCGGCAGAACAUGACUUUAGUGGAGGCCAUCAAGACCGUGAAGGACCACCGCGGCGUCACGCCGAACCGCGGUUUCCUACGUCAGCUCAAUGGUCUGGAUGGCAUACUCCGUGCCAGCCGCAAUGUAACAUAAAGCCACUCGUAGUAUCUAAAUUUCAACCAUUUUGGCCCAGGCCUUUACCUAAUGUGUUUGUAUUGCAGUAAAUGAGAGCAGAGUAUCCUUACACACAUUGAGUUUAAUCCAGCUGUCCUUCUGCGCUCAGUAGAAAUGCCUUAUUACAUCAGGACCUCUAGAAAUGUGUGUAAUGCCUUAUUCACUGUUAAAUGUUCACAUCUGUUCAUGUGUCUACCCACUGAAAUGUUAAUUACCAUAGAGAAUAACAUGCAUGCUUUCAUUAAAUUGAGAAGGAAUGCUUAAGGGGGCUAUCCACACUCAACAUGUUUUUGCAUUUAAAACGCAAGUUUAAUUUUUUAAGUUUGACAAAAGCAUCUGCUAUCUUGAACAGAUCUUAAAGGGAUAUUCAUCCAAAAUUUUUAUUUACCCUAAUAUUUCCUUAAGGCAUCCUAGAUAUAUAUGACUUUCUACUUUCGGACGGAUCCAAUCAGAGUUAUAUUAAAAAAUGUCCAGGCUAAUCCAUGCUUUAUAAUGGCAGUCAUUGGGUUGAAUUUUUUAAUAGUCCAAAAGAAAUCCAAUAAAGCACAUCUAUCCAUCAUAAAAAAGGUGUCCCACACGGCUCUGGGGGGUGAAUACAGAUCUCCUGGACCGAAUUUAUAUGUUUUUGUAAGAAGAAUAUUCAUAUUUUAAACUUUAUAAACAAUAAUCUCUAGCUUCUGCUAACUGUUGUAUGUGCGUUGAAUGGAUGCACUUUAUUUAACUUUUUUUGGACUAUUGAAAAAUAUCUGAUUGGAUUCGUCUGAAGUCAUUUACACAUAGGAUGGCUUGAAGGUGAGUAAAUCUCAAAGUCAUUUUCAUUUUUGGGUGAGCUAUCCCUAUAAGCAAGAACCUGUUGCUAUUGUUCAUACUAAAGAUUUGAAGACAACAUGCAACCAUAAGUAUUCAGAUUUGGCGAGAUUUGAGCUUCCAGCAUGAACGAUGAUGCAGAAUUGCAGUUUUGUUAUAAAUUUGCAUGUGUUGGAUCACUUGAAAGCAGCGCAGUAGAAUGCAAAACAUGUUAGGAGCCAUUCACACAGAAUGGGUUUUUUCACAUUUAGAAAGGGGGAGACGCAGUGUGGUGGAAUAUAGGAAAAAGCAAGGUUCAUAGUUUUUUAAAUGGAUGAAUUUAGCGCUGAUAUUUAGAAUGCUAUUACUACAAGAAAAACAAUGGAAAAACGUGAUUUCUGCCUGAACAAUCCAUUAUCAACUCCCCAAUCACUUAGAAAAAUAUAGAAAAUAUAGGUGGUUGCCAUGAAAUCAUCAUGGCAGCCACCUAGCAACACUUAAGAGUGAAACUGCCAACAGCACCCUAGCAACAACCCAGAACAACGUACCAAAAAAUUGUACCAUAAUGACUGUCCAGAACACCCCGUGAUGAUCUAUCGACAUUUAAGUUGAAAUUUGCCAUCAUUGUAGGUAAUAUAGCUGGUCACAUUCAUCACAGUGAAUCAGAUCAUGUGAUAUGAGCUCUAGUGUACACAAGACUAUAUGCAAAUUACAGUCAGUUUUGUUACACAAUAACUUAUUGAUGUGUGCUUUGUAUAAAUACAAAAGAAUAUGUCAUGUGAAGUAUUCUAAUUGUUUCAAAUCAUCCUAGUUGUCUCUUUUAACUAGUUUUGUUUGGUAUUGUAAUAUAGAGUAGCUAAAGUGCAGCCUUACAAAUCCAGCAAAUCCUCAAGUGCAGUAUAUGAACCGACUGUAGCUGUAUAAAUUACAGUGUGCUAGUAUUAUUGUCAUUUCUGUACAAUUGUAUUAUUGGGGACAGCUGUUUAUUGUAUCCGUGAUUGUGUUUGUCAUCAUAACACUUAACAAAUAUUCACUGCAAAAACUGGAGCUGAACUACUGCCUGGACUGCAGAUCCCUUCCACUGCACGUGGAUCUAAACUACACGCCAGUUUGUGUCUUAAGAACAAGUGUGGGUCGCUCAGAGAUUAAACUUGUUUCGGACCAAAUUUCUGAGUUAUGGAGCAUGCAGCCGGAGACAAAAUGAGGUGUUCAACAGAAUUCAAAAGCAUUGUUAAUUUAUUAAUAAUGUACAUGAAAUCUAAUAAACAUUAUUUCAUCUUUCAA